CUGCCUUCCUUUUCCCUGGUAGGCAGUGCUCCCUAUACUCCCUCUGCCUUGUGAUUUCCUUCCCUCUUUCUGCGUUUAGGAGAAAGAAAGAGGGAUCAGAGGGUAAACUAAACGGAGGGCUAAAGAGAAACAACUGUGUAAGCAGAGAGGAAGGUUGGAAAGAAAGAUAGUGUGUGUGUGUGAGGGAGAGCGAGAUAGAGAUUCAUGCAGACCGACAGAGAGAUAUAUAGAAAGAAACGGUGAAACUGUGAGAGAAACAGACACGAGAGAGCUUUUCUCAGCGACAGACAGAUAAUACAAGAGACAGAGGGGAUAAAGAGAAACCAGGCAGAGUGAGCGAGACGGUGAAAAAGAGAGGAAGGAGAUUGCUUGAAGUCAGACAGUAAACUUUGGAGAGAAUCACCAGGUCCUUCCCAGAAUCCUCUGACUGCUGUGAGAGACGGGAGGAAGAGGAUAAGCGUUGACCAUAGAGUUGUUACUCGUUCUGAGGGAGGACCCAGGAAGCAGUUGUUUGGAUUUCGGUGCUCCGUACAGCGAAGUGCUUGGUAUCAUCAGCAACAGCUACCAUGUACAGUGGAUAUGGAGGGAGUCCGUCCCGUGCUCAGUCCACCAUGUCCCUGUCAGUUCGCCCGACAAGGCGGGUCAUCUCCAAGUCCAUCACUAGGAGCCAGAGCUUCGCUGGAGUCAACACUUACGAUAAGCCAUAUAGGAACCUAUCAGUGUUCAACACUCCAGGCCUCACCAGGAAGCCAAGCAGAAUCAGCAGGAUGUUUACUAUGUCAACCAAAUCCAACCCUCCACCCAAAAUACCCCAACCGGAAAGGCUGGAUGAAGUUUACGAGGCGCUGAAGAAAGGACUGCAGUCCUACCUCCAAGUUCACCAGAUGGAGUUAGACAGCCUCAGCAGACAGAUGAAAGAAUCUAAGAGGAACUCACGGCUGGGCUUCCUGUAUGAACUGGAUAAGCUAGUGAAGGUGAAUGAGAGGUUCAUAAGACGACUGGAGUUCCACCUCAGCAAGAUUGAGGAGCUGUAUGAAGCCUACUGUCUGCAAAGAAGACUGCGAGAUGGGGCCAACAAGAUGGUGAAGGCCUACACGGUGUCUCCAGGCAGCAAGGAGGCAAGGGAGAGUUUAUCUGAAGCCAAUAAAGGGUACAAGGAGUACACAGAGAACAUGUGUGUGUUAGAGAGCGAGUUGGAGAACCAGCUGGGGGAAUUUCAUUUGAAGAUGAAAGGUCUGGCUGGAUUUGCUAGGUUGUGUGCAGGAGACCAGUAUGAGAUCUUUAUGAAGUAUGGUCGGCAGCGGUGGAAGCUGAGAGGAAGAAUAGAGAUAAAUGCCAAACAGGUGUGGGACAGUGAGGAUAUGGUCUUCUUACCCCUCAUCACAGAAUUCCUCUCUAUUAAGGUGACAGAAUUGAAGAGCUUGGCCAAUCAUGUGGUAGUAGGAAGUGUGUCGUGCGAGACAAAGGACCUGUUUGCGGCACUACCCCAGACAGUAGCUGUGGAUAUUAACGAUCUGGGUACAAUUAAACUAAGCCUAGAGGUCACAUGGAAUCCAUUUGAUAAAGAUGACCAGGUGUCAGCGGCGAGCACAGUCAACAAAGCCCCAUCUGUCAACAAGAGAUUCUCAACAGUCUUCAACCAGAGUCCUCCUGACACCCCGUCACUGCGAGAGCAGGCCUUCUAUAACAUGCUUCGUCGCCACGAGGAGUUGGAGAACGGGACAGCUUGGUCCAAUUCGUCAGAAUCUUCAGAUGAUUCCUCCAGUCCUCAGUUGUCUGCUGGGGCUCUGCGCAGCUCCGUGCACCAUAAGCCAGUGGUUGUGACUCCAGAGCUCAAGCCAGCUGCAGCAGGAAGUUGUACCCCUCAAAAUGACUCCACAUUCUGCCCCAAAGACUUUGCAUCCUCAACUCCAAAUUCCACCCACAAAGUCUUCACUGCCACCGAAGUGCUGGACAGGACAGAACAUCAAGGAAAGACACAGAGGGAGGAAAAUGAGGGGCCAGUUACCAUGACAACAGCACAUGCUGAGGAAGAGGACUCUAGGAAGCAGCCACUAGUAGCCACAACAGGGGCAGCGGUAGCCAAUGGCCAUGCUUCUCGCUCCUAUUUGCGCUCGCUGAGCCACAUAAGUGAAGGCAGCGUGGAUGGCGUACCCUUGUCGGAUAGGCCAACUGCCGAAUUAGGGGAGGUAACAUCUUUGGUGUCUGGGAUCUCUAUCAAUGAUGUUGAAAUGGAGGUACCAAUCACGACACUUGAACCACAAAGUUCUGUCACCGUGGAUGCUACAGAAUCACCAAGGAGGGACGCUGUUGUUGAGGAAACCACAACGGAUAAUGUCUCGGAUUGUUGUGCAGUUGAGGCAGAACAUAAAAGAGAUGACAGGGAGGUUCUUAAGGAUAAAUCCGGCACUUCCCUCGCCUCCGCCACUGUUGAGGCACACGCUCAAGAAAACACACAAACACACGCACCAUCCAACACAAUCUCGCAAAGCAUGGAAGAUGUGUCAUAUAUAGCCCAUCGAGUGUUGGUGGAAGAUGUGGACAAGCCUGGGGCUGGAGUAGACACUGCACUGAGGGACAGCGAUGGUCCUGUGGACAAUGGGGUGGAAGAUGCCCUAGGAGCAGUUAUCUCUUCUCUGGAUGAUUACAGAGGACAGUUCCCUGAAUUACAGCUCCUGGAACAAGAGCUGAAGCUGCUGCAGGUCACGCUGAAGGGUGGUAGGCGAAGCCGCUCCCCCAGUGUUGUCAGCCUCACUGUGGAAACAGCCUUGGGCAGCUUUGAUUUCCUGAACACCUCUGAUCAGGAGGAGGAAGAGGAGGAUGAGGAAGGUGGAAAGAGAAGUCGAAAUAUCAGUGCUAAACCAGAAAGAGACUGGAACACCUUUGUCCCCACCUCCCCUCUGACUACCGGCUGCCCUGCUUUAGAUAGCGUACUAGUGGUUCACCUGAAGAACUGCAGCGCACAACUACUGCGACUUGGUAUGUUCGGUCCUCUGCGGUGUGGAGAGAUGUACGCUUUAGACAGGCUGUUAAGAGAGGCCAGAGUCCUGGAAAUCAUACGACGCAUCACCAAAGAAACCCCAAGCCAGUUCACUCAAUCUGUCCAAGUGAUCCCACAUCUGGAGCAGUGCCAAGGGGCUGUGUCACUAUGGCAACAGUGUGUGGGGCAGAGUAGCGUGUACAGUGUCUCUGCUGAUUCCUUCCUGGUUAGCCUGGAGAGGGUGUACUCUUCCAGACUGCCUGAGAGGGCUGCCAACAUGGCUGACACAGGUACAGGAGUAAGAGGAGAAGGUCCAUGUGGAGUCUUCUUGCGCUUAGUGGAACGGAUCCUGGAGCGGCAGCUACCACGGCGAGGCUGCAACAGAGACAAUAUAAUGGUAACAGUGUUCCAGUUCUGGAGCUACCUGGAGGCUGAAGGUGUCAGCAAUAUGGACACACACAUCACUGAGCUUGCUGAAGAGGUCUGGUUGGUCAAAAGCCUUGCAUCAUGUGAACAGGAAGUGUUGGUGCGUGCCCUUCGCCACCCCCCGGAGUGCAGUCUGAAGAGAGAGGGGCUUCAUGCUGUUGCUAAGGUGCUGAAGGACCCAAGAGGGAAAGUGUCAGCCUCUGCGAGUUCUCUCCUGAGAAGCCUAGCUGACAACCCCAGACACAGAGAGAGGGCUUUGGUGAGUUGUUUGGAGCUGCUGGAAGAGGAAAGUGUUGAUACCAGAGUGUGCGGCUGCAAGGCCCUGGCUUGUCUAAAGGCAAAGGAAAGCAUUGAUCAGUUGGUGUAUCUGUGUCGGACGGACAAGGAGGAAGUCCGAGAUGCUGCCAAACAAGCCCUGCUAGUGCUGGGUGAGGAGGGGAAGAUGGCCCACAGACAUGUAGAGACGGCACAGGCGCAGGAUGGAAUUCCAAGACUCUUUGCACCUGGCAGCAUGGCCAGCACAGCGUUCUAACACACACACACACACACACACACACACACACACACACACACACACACACACACACACACACACCCACACACACACACACAAAACUGAGGUGGCAUUCAGCAGAAGGCAGGCCACUACAUCAGUAUAAUAUUGAUAUUUUUUUAAUAUAUUGACUCAACCUUUAGGGAGAAAGUACAGUAUCGUAAUACUGUGUGCUUUCCAAAUCACAUCACCAACACAGAUUUGCUCAAACUUGUCACAUACAACAAUACAAAUACAAAGAUACUGUCAAAGAGGAGACAGCAACUGUGAUACUCUCAAUAGCACUGGGCAUAUAAAAAAAAACAAAUUAAAAAAUCACUAAGCUACACCCACAUACUAGGUGACUAUCUUUUGUAUAUAAACCUGUGGUAACUACUCUUAAAAGACAAUGGACUUUAUUGAUGCCUCUGAAGGAUCUACAGUUUGAACUGCCUUAACCAGAAGGAAGGAGGGAAUGUGAGAAAGAUGGAGAUAAUGAGAUGGAAGAUUGGAUGGUGAAACAAGGGGAAGACAAUUUGUAGAGGACUGUAUAGGAGCAUGUAGAUCAGAAAUAUUUGGUCUUCUGACUACAAAGAAUAUGUAUGUAUAGAGCAUGUAUGUAAAGAAAAAAUGGUUUAUAAGAAACAUCAGGACUUUUCUGGGCAUAAAAAUUGCACUUAUGGUCCACUGAUGCUGCAUUGGGUCAUGUGAUAUGGGGGCAAUAUAGUUGGACCAGAGCCAUUGAUACAGAUUGUCCAGGUUGUGUUAUUGGUGCAGUCUCGCUGCCCCUUCUUUAAAACUAACAAGCAUUUACUGUGAAUAUAUGACAAUAUCCUCCAUCACAACAACUUGCUGAUGUGUUCUUGCAUUCUGCGAAUCUGCUUCCAUAGAAUCUCAGAUGAUUCAACAACGGCCAUAGAGCAACACUGUGUUGGAAACGAGUCUCCUAGUGAAAACUGUGAAACCCAAAUUCCUUUUCAAUAGGAGGCACUGGUUGGACUGCGAUGUCUCAAAACUCUUGACCCACUCCAAACUCCACGUGAGGAAAAUUUGGGAUCUAUUGACAACCUCUUACAAUGACUUAGAGGGUGGCUACUUUUGUUGUUUUAUUCAAGUGAGAAGCUCACUAUAGUCCACAUGACUGGUGUCUGGGUGAGGAAUAACUGAAAUAUAAUUUGGUUGACCACUCGUUUGUCAACAUGGCAUGGUAAUGGAGGAUGAAAUGAAACGUGAUUUAACUCAAAGUAGAGCUUGAUUUACAGUUCUUAUUUUCCAUCCAUUUGCAUAUACAAAAUAUGAUAAAAAAAUACAUAUAUUUCAUUCCCAUUCUCAACAGAAUGGCAAGAUGAUAUACAUAUAACAAAUUGUCAGGAUUAAAUCUUGUGUAUGAGGGACGCUACCCUGUGCUGUACAAACUAGUGCGUGAAAUUUCCGUGCCAUUUUGAGCAUGUCCAAUUCUCGUCUGCAUGAAAUAAACAACAUCUUACAUGCCUUCACAGAAUUAAACCGGUAUAGGUUUAUAGUCCCCCAAAAAAGGCAGUUCAAGUGAAUGCAUGGAACCAGUUGAGGAGGAUGUUGAAGACAUGAAUUUCCGUUUCACUAUUCCAUUCUCGCUAAUAUUUAAAGUUAACAACUGGGGUGUGUAAGAUCCCCCCCAGGAGUCCUCUCUCCUCCCUGCCUCUGUUCAAUGAUUACAGUUUACAAUUUGACACUCUCAUCCAGAGCCUCUCAGUGUGAGUGAAUGGCUUGGGGUUCAUUGUUACAAUAAGGACAUUUGAGCAGGCCACAAGGAUGGACAGGCAGCUCAUUGGCUGCUGCAGAGACUAACCCCUUUAAAAAUAACUGGCCACCAACCAUCAAGAUGUUUUAAGGGGCACACUCAGGCAAUCAGACGACUUUGAUGAAUAAUUUUCUCAAUGUGAGAUUAUCUCUUGACCUGUGUAUUACUGUACUACUGCAGACUCAUUUACAGUGUAAAUGUAAUGUGCAUGUCACUACAAACGAUUCGGGGCAGAAGAACAGUUACGAUUUGAUGCGGUGUCUUGUCGGCCUCUGUUUAACCAUUUUAAUUUGACAUGACAGCAAAAAAACCCAAAAAACAACUUUAAUGUCAUUGUAACGAUUUAUGUUAUUCCGUCUUGAUGAAAGGCCCCGACGGCUCAUCUGAGAGGGUGGUUUAAGCAAUUCAGUGCCAUUCUUCUGUAUUAUUUUAUAUAGCCUUUUCUUUAUGGGAAUAUGUAUUACUAUACUCCACUGGAAAUUGUACAUGUUAUGUGAUUUUAUUGUACAUUUCGUUUUUAUUUUUAGAGCUCUUAAUUUGUAAAUUCACAUUUUGUUUUAUGGCAAGCAUUCUGAUGCCUCUUAUUAUGACACACAUACCAUUUAUUUCUGCUCAGUCAAGCAGUUUGAUUUAUUGACUGAUUAAUAAAGGCAACUUUCACUGACUGACACUUUGCCACUGACACGGUGAUACAAUAUGAUAUUUGCUGGUGGGGGUUGCACUUAAAUUACAUCAAGAAUAUUUUUUUACAGAAUAUAUGUUAUUAUCUGAGACCAAUAGCAGGCUUAGCCUUCUUGGAGCAGGUAGAGAUGCAUCACUGAAUGAAACCAGAGGCAUUUUGUUUUGACUGAGUUUGACCAGGUUUGUCCGUGUCGGUUGUGGUCGUAUUUACUGCCAUUUCAGUAAAUGUUAAUUUUACAUAUAAAAUCUUUCACAUUUGAUGAAGAGGCAUUUAAUUCCAGUAUUUCCCUCAGUAGGUUGACACAAUUAAUGUGCAUAGGUAUUUGAUUUGUCAAAUGCGAAUGAACUGAGUUAAAGUGAAUUGGAGCCAGCCCUGCUAUAGUCGGUCACCUUGUAGUGGCCUCAUUCUCUAGAAGAAGUGUGUAAACAGCUGACGUAGGACUAUAGAUUUGUGGACAAUAGCCAAGAAAUUGGACUGAGGGGCUUCCACGGAUGCUGCUAAACACAACAGCUGCUGAAUUGUCCAUCAUGUGUUCUGGCUCAGAGCUGUAUACAGGGCAUGUUCUCUCAAACACAGAGACCCAAGGACAGGAACAGUGACACGAGGACAGCACUUUGCAGCAAUAUAAGCAAUUUGGAUCAAAAUUACAUCAAGUAUUUAUUAAUAUAUGCAUUUUUCCAACAUAGCCCCUUCUGUAGUCUCUUGGUUUUGUGCUGUUUGUCCAAUAUUACCAAUGAUACUUCAUAUUGCACAUUUUUGCUGCUUUCAUACAUGCUGUGUCAUUGCCAGUAGCUCACCUCUAUCCAGUGGCUGAAAAGGAGGUUUUUUUUUUCCCCCUUUCUUCAAACUAAAUUGCAUGAAUUUCUCACAUUCAGUGAAAAUGUGAAUCAGGAAAUUGCCACUGCAAAGCCAUCAUAUAAGUCCCCAUUUUUACUGCAAGCAACAUCAAAGCAACAGCUGCACUGUUGAUCAGCUCUAGAGAGUUGUAUACAAAUCCAAAUGUUUUUUUUCCUGAUGUUAGGAUAAGCAGUGAUUAGAAAAUGGCAACACAAAGUAAUCACUUAUAGAUUACCUAUUCAGUUCCACUUAACAGCAUUUAAGAGAGAACAUGAUACAAAGGCCAUUAAAUUAAGAUUGAUACAAGAUGGGGUUAGAUAGAGGAACUUAAAUGAUGGCUCCCACUGUAUUUCCCUCAGUUAACUUACCACUGAGUUUCUUUAGGACAGCCGCAAUGUACUACUAUACCUCUGGAUCAGCAAUGCGUCUGACAAUAUAAGUGCCUUGAGGUUUGAUGUUGAAAGAGAUGCUAUUAAAGAGAAAGUGAAGCAGUGGAGGACACUGCACUAUAUUUUGCAGUAGGGCUAUAUUUUUUUCCACAAGUAUAAUAAAUUGUGCAGCAUUGGAAAGAACAAUGUUAUGUUUCUUUUCUAUAUAUUGUCUGGUAGUUGUCUUGCCAGAUGUAAAACAUAAAUAAAUGAUUAAAAAUGUUUAAAAAAAUUGCCUGUACUUUUUCUUUCAAUGUAAAACCAUGUCAACCUGCCUAAUAUAUUGAUUAUGCUGAAAUAAAU